UCAGUCAUCGACUGCCACCGAAACAAGGAUCCCAGCAGCCAAGGACCAUGCCUGACUGACGUCAGCAUGGCGCGCGCCAAAUCCACCGGUGGUGAACUCUGAGGUCUAGCACCGUACCCGCUGAGCCCGCCGAGGAGAUCCGCCUGACGCAGAACCACCGGGACGCCGGGUGCCAGAUCUGUCGAUCGCUGAGACCCCCCUCCUCCCAGAUCCACCGGGAGCAGCCGAGGGAACAAGAAUCCGCCGCCGCCUCGGCCCUAAUGGCGUCAAUUAUUGGGAUCCGCCCGUGCCGAAUUAUUGGGAUCAUGUUUCCUUGCACACGUCGACAAUUGUUUAGUUCUUUAUUUGGUUUUUGCUGGAAAUGCUCUUAUUAAAUUCGUAUAAUUUGAUGCCGUUUUGGGAUGAUUUGUUGUUCCGUUGGUACAUCCUUAUAUGGUGAAAUGCCAAAAGGAUACUUAAAACUGAACCAAAAUGGGGAAGAUCCCUACGAGGGAAGCGGCGAAAUGGCUUUUCCACUUUCUUAGUUGAUUUUUCUAUUAGUGUGCAGCACAUUUUCUCUUUUCUUUCGAGCAAGCGUAGCACAUUUUUCUGAAAUGACGCUUCUUUUGUAUUUUCAUAAUACAGGUCUUUGCAUUUGGAUCAGUUCCUUUGAAGACCUACCUCCCUGAUGGCGACGUCGAUAUAACUGUACUGGGGAACACAUGGUUGAACAGUACGUUCAUGGAUGAUGUUUGCCUUGUACUCGAGUCAGAGCAGAAUUGUGAUGCCGAGUUCGAACUGAAGGACUUGCAUUUCGUCAACGCUGAUGUUAAGCUCAUAAAAUGCGUCGUCGAGAAUAUUGUUGUCGACAUCUCUUUCAACCAAAUUGGUGGGGUGUCCACAUUCUGUUUCCUCGAGCUGGUCGACCGUCAAGUCGGGAAAAAUCAUUUGUUCAAAAGGAGCAUUAUGUUAAUCAAGGCUUGGUGUUAUCAUGAAAGUCGCAUACUAGGAGCUCAUCAUGGACUGAUAUCUACUUAUGCCUUGGAAACACUUGUUCUUUACAUAUUCAAUUUAUUCCAUAAAUCUAUGCAUGGUCCUCUGGAGGUCUUGUAUAGGUUUUUGGAAUAUUUUAGCAAGUUUGAAUGGGACAAGUAUGGCAUCAGUUUAAAUGGUCCUGUCGAUCUGUCGUCGUUGCCCAACUUAUCUGUUGAACCUACAGCCACACAAGAUGAACUAUUGCUUGGCAAGGAGUUCCUUCAAGGCCCAUUGGAUAGGCUUGUUGUAAUUCCAAAUGGUUCUGAUGGAUGCGACACAAACUUUCGCCUGAAGCAUCUCAACAUAAUCGAUCCACUCAAGGGGAAUAAUAAUCUUGGCAGAAGUGUCAGCAAAGCAAACUUUUAUCGCAUACGGAGUGCAUUCUCAUUCGGUGCACAAAAGCUUGGUCAAAUUCUCAUGUUACCCUCCGAGAUUAUUCCUCGUGAAAUUUGUGGAUUUUUUGAAAACACGCUGAAGAGACAUGGAAAGGGAGAAAGACCAGACCUUGGCCGUAGUUCAUUCCAAUCCUUGCUCGGUCUUGAGGCGAAUGCUUCUAGUGAAGAAUCAAGCUUGAAAAUGUCUUGCAUGAAUGAGGGUGAAAACAGAAGUUCGUGCCAUUCAUCAAAACUGCCUGACAAGGAGUUGAAAGUGGCAGAUAUACAUAAUAGAUUUCUGCCGGGCAAUGUUCAUGAUCUUCCUUGGAACAAAAUUUGGUUCAUGGAAUUUGCAUCUGAUUUCAGAGCAAAUUCAUCAUAUUUAGCCAGUUUCAGGAGCAACUCAUCCUUCUCUCAAGAGAAUGAAAAAGAGUCACUUCCACAGUUCUCACAAUCAGAUAUGCUGGAUCUAUCAGGCAAUCUGGAUUUGCACUUGGAAUGCCUUCGCAAAGUUCAGUACCACCUGGAGCACUUGCUUGAUGAACUCCUGCAGGCAGUUCAAGAAGCAUGUUUAGCUGGUGUGCUAGAUGAGGAUUCUUUCGAGAUUCCAACUGCGAGCUUUGUGACUAGUUCCCAAAGCCAAUUAGCUUCGUCUACUGAUACCGAGAGAAGGAAAUUAUCUCCAAUUUAUUGUUCUCAUAGCACAGGAGAUGUUUCUCAGCAAUCACAUGCCGAGGACCAAGUGGAUGUGAUUUGGCAACAGAAUGUGCCAUUGUCCUCCAACGGGUUGUCAUUAUCUUCAUCUCCUGUAACUAAGUCAGAUAAUUAUCUUGUUUCUUGGUUUUGUGUCUCUCCUAAUUCGCAUGGAACCGGCACAUACAUUCCCAAAAUGAGUUAUGGUAUGUACAAGGAACGCAUGACAGCUGAAAGAAGAUUCAUGCCAAGAAAGCAGAGACAAAGGCUACCUGUUCAGCAGCACUACUCACUUGAACAGGGAUGUUCUGGUUCAAGAAAUGAGCAUGCUACAUUUCAAAGCGCGACAAAUCAGUUACAGAUGAAGCAAAAGAGUUCACGACAGGAUGUUUAUUCAAGCAAGAGCGUGGUUCCAAAAGGAGGUUUUCCUGCUUUCAGGGAGCAAUUAGCAACAUGGUGUGGAACCAACCAGGUAGCAACAAACCUGUCGAAGGUUCAGAGCAGUCAAGACAUUUCCUCCUCACUUGCCAUUGACAACUCGAGCAAAGAAUCUGUUGAGAAGGGAAGACAGACAAAACCACCAUCAUCAGGGAUAGUACUUCCUCAUCAUGGUCAAGGAAAUUCCUCAGUAUCUAAUACCUGUCAGCCCUCCUCACCUGCCACAGAGGGUUAUCGUCAAUUGAAGGCACAAGUGGGGGAGAAAGUUGAGUUGGGAUCCAUGGGACCUUUCUCGUUGGGACUUCUCUCAGCGCAGUUUCAGGAAGCAUUCCCCCCUCUCCCUACUAGUAAGAAACCUGCAGAAGUCCCUGCCUCAACGGUGAAGAGCCCUGAGCCUUUUGAUACCCAAAGCAGGCCACAAGAGGUGUACCAACUGAGAGAUGAAGCUGACUUCCCUCCUCUCCAAGCUGGCUGCCGCUGAGACUUGCAAGACAUGGAGAUGAUACAGCUAAUCAUAGAUGCAGGAAGUGAGAGGGGAAGCAUACAGGAUGAGGGAUAGGCGCCCCAGCAAGAUUUUCGUUCGAUAGCAUAGCAAGUUUGGAUGCUAUUGCCCGUCGUAGUAGCUAGCAUGUGUGGUGCCAUGUAAAAUAAUAAUAAUCUCGCCUCUCCUUUCUUUGUUUUUUUAGAUUUAGAUGAAUCCCUGU